AUGUCAAGGAAGCUUCCAGCCUCGUACGAAGCGCGCCAUUUGCCCGUUCCAGAAAUCGAAAAGGCCGGAGCUGAUUUAGGCCUCGUCUGUAUAAAAACAAGAAUCGAUGAUGAUGUUCAACCGUUGAGGCAUCCCUGCGACAAGCAAAACUACGAAGAACAGAAUAUCAUCGUCGACAGUUCUGGCGGCGCUGCUCUUCUGAGGGGAGCUGAUUUGUUCGCACCGGGAAUUGUCACUUGCACGGAAACAUUUGUUGGAGAUAUCGCUUCUAUUUGGUGCGAUUCGUCGAACGAUCCACAAUCGCGCUCUGGAAAAGGAAAAUCUAAAUUUAUUCUCAAAGGAGCGCGAUUCCCAAUCGAUGAAAGUUUCAGAAGCCAACUUGUUUUUCUUGGGCUGGGAAAGGUGCUUAUUCCGAGGAGCGAUAUCUUCUGCGAGAAUCCGGUCAAAACGGGGGUAGCUGUUCAAAUGUACAGGCCAGUUUUCGAUUGCCCGCCAAUUUCCAAUCAUUUCCUGGAAAGCUGCUCAAGUGAAGCAAUGCUGCAAAACUACGCCUCGGUGAAAAUAUGCGAAACCUUCGCCCGGAACCUAAAACACGGUGCUGAAUCGACAAAUCAAGAGCUUCUCGACAUGUGCGCUGCUCCUGGCGGAAAGACGACGUACUUGCUUAAUCGAUUGCCUAACGAGAAGUGGUACGCAGCCGAUAAACCGUCAAGAGUUGAACUGCUUAGAAAGAAUACCGCAAAGAUUGAGACACCCUUGGAGAUAAUAAGUGGGGAUUCGACAAAGCUGGACUUUGAAGAUGGAAAAUUUGAUGGAAUCUUGUUAGACGCUCCGUGCUCCGCUACUGGCUCCCGCCCUAAGCCUGUGAAUGUUCACAUCUCAGAACGUCAAAUUUCAAGUUAUCAGAAGUUGCAGCGGAAACUAAUCGCCGAGGCGGUUCGCGUGCUGAAACCGGGCGGGGUGCUUUGUUAUAGCACUUGCAGCGUGCGUGUUGAGGAAAAUGAAGAAAAUGCUAAUCACAUUGUGAGCAAAUACGGGCUGCAGCUUGUCGAGCAAAACUCCUUCAACCCUUUUUCCGCGAAGAAGACGCUAGUGAAGGGAAUUAAUAGAAUAGAAGUCGAGGGGGACUUGAUAGAAGAUACUAUAGGAUACUAUUGUGCACUUUUAAGAAAAGCGGAAUAA